AUGCCCAUUACUCUGUCAGGUGCUUUCAUAGACAAAAUGGCUGCUGUCAUUUCGUCGCAGCCGCAGCAGCUGCUGCCUCUUCAUCCCCCAGCAGCAGCAGCAGCAGUGCAGCGUCUCAUUCGCUUUUCCGAGGAGCUGACCAGACAAGAGCAGCAGCAGAAGCAGCAGCAGCAAGAGCAGCUGCAGCAGCAGGGAAAAGCGGCUAAAAGGAAAACGCAUAUCCGCGUACGGCGUGCUGCUGUGCUGGUGCCCCUGUGCAACAGCCAGGGAGAGGCUUGUUGCCUCUUUACAGUGAGGAGUUCCUCGCUGUCAAAUCACAGCAACCAGGUUUGCUUUCCAGGGGGCAGCAUGGAGCCAGGCGAGACCCCGGAAGCAGCAGCACUUCGAGAAACAGCAGAAGAGAUUGGAGAUGUGGGGCCCGUGAGGAUCCUAGGACGGACACAGCCAGUGUUUUCUGUCUCGGGGUUUAUCCUACACCCCGUCAUUGGGGUGCUGCAGCAGGAAGCAAAUGUGUCUUUGCUGCGGCCAAACCCUAAUGAGGUGAAGGCAGUUUUCCUUGUUCGCCUAGAGGAUCUGCUGCAGCAGCAGCAGCAGCAGCAGCAGCGACAGCAGCAGCAGAAGCAGCAGCUGCGGCAGCAGCGGCAGCAGCAGCCGCAGCAGCAGCAGGAGGAGCAGGAGAAACAGCAACAGUUCAUAAAUACUCUUCUCGCACUCCCGUACUAUCUCCACGAGCAGCAGGCGAUUUGGGGCCUAACGGCCUUUGUGGUGAGCGGUGUCCUUUCUCGUCUGGUUAUGCCAGCUUUGCUUCUGCUGCAGCAAAACACAGCUUGCAGCAGCAGCAACAGCAACAGCAGCAGCAGCAACAGCAGCAGUAGCAACAGCUGCUGCUCCUGCAGCAGCUGUAAGGAAAGAGACAGUGGACAGGAAGAACAGCAGCAACCGCGGCAGCGUCAACAGCAACUACAACAGCAGCCGCAGCAAGGGCAGCAACUACAACAGCAGCAACAGCAGCAACAGCAGCAGCAGCAACCGCAGCAGCAGCCGCUGCCAUACGGUUUGCUGCCUCCAGAACUAGACAUCGAGACUGUCUAA